AUGGGUCGCUACUCCUUUGCGGCGCAAAAUGUGCACAAACGAGCCACACAACUCCUCCAUGCAUCUCGCAUUCCCGCUCCGCCGCCGUGGUACUAUCCGAUCACCAUCACACCUCCCGCAACGAGAUUGACACGACCUCCUCUCCAACGACCCAACACGCCUAGUCGAGCCUCCAAAAAGUCUUCGAGACUCUUCCAACCACUGAGUCUGAAGUACGCUGAAGACCAGCUGCGGUGGGAGUACUACAACGACCACCCAUGGGAGCUUGCGCGGCCGCGAGUGGUGCUCGAAAAUGAUGGACGAGAUCGGGAGCGAUACGACUGGAGUGUGCCGCUGGACUACUCGCUGAGACGGCCUAAAACUGACACGCGAGACGAAUUUGGGAGAGAUCAUGUAGAGUGGGAAGAGGUGAUGGAGGUGCAAGGGAAUCGACCGAUCAAUGGUGAAGCGGUGAUACAACGCUGGCAAUGGCUCCUGCAACACACAGCGAUGAGUAAUGCCGCCGCGUAUGAUAUGGCGCGAAAAGAACUGUAUCGGUUCCGACAUCAGAAAGAGGUUGAGGCACGGGUUGCGCGGGAAGAGUCUCUAGCUGUGGGCGCCUACUUUGGUCUGGGACCUCUAGAAGUGGGAGAACAACUGGAGGACAAGGCGUAUGAGAACUGGAAGGAGUGGGCCGUCAAAGAGACAUUGGCCAUGAGAGCACUCGGAGACAGUUCGUAUACGGGCACCGAGGACGGGGCGGAAUUGGCCGUAAACGAGCCC